UGUCUUUCAAGGCCAUCAAUAAUUUUCUUAUCCACACCUUAAUACAUGUUCUGAAUCUGUAUUAAGCCACGGCACCCUAUACUACCCCUGAGCACGUUGUAGCCGUGCGCGCAUUUCUCGCCAACAUCAACCGCAACGAUGAGUGACCGAUCCACCACCAAAAUCAGAAACCCUAAAUCUCCCAAAAAGCAGGCUCAAUCUUCAAUGGCGCGAAAAUCUUCUCUCCUGAAACAAACACUAAUUCUUUCUGCUUUCUUCAUCCUCGCUAUCUAUGCUCUCUUCAACACCUUCUUCAAUCCCACUACUUCUCCUUCCUCAUUCGCUGAUCAUCUUUCUGGAGACAAAUUUUUUGGGUUUUCUGGGAAAGUGAUUGAAAAUGAUUCCAAGAAAGUGAAGAUUUUCAUGUAUGAUCUACCGAAAAAGUUUACCACAGGCAUAAUUGAGCAACACGCGGUUGCGCGUGGCUCCAAAGAUACGUCAAAUGUCAAGUAUCCUGGCCACCAGCAUAUGGGUGAAUGGUACUUGUUCUCGGAUCUCAACCGACCCGAAGAAGAGAGGGUCGGGUCACCUGUAAUCAAAGUCGAUGAUCCGGAAGAAGCUGACUUGUUUUACGUUCCUGUAUUUUCGUCUCUGAGUCUGAUAGUGAAUCCGAUUCGACCACCUGGAGCUGAGCCCGGGUCGGUUCACCAGUAUAGUGACGAGGAGAUUCAGGUGAAUUUGGUGGAGUGGCUGCAGAAGCAGGAGUACUGGAAAAGAAAUAACGGGAGAGACCACGUGAUCUUUGCUGGGGAUCCCAAUGCGCUUUACCGGGUAAUAGACCGGGUCAAGAAUGCGGUUUUGUUACUGUCAGAUUUCGGUCGGGUUAGACCCGAGCAAGGGUCGCUGGUGAAAGAUGUAAUCGUACCUUACUCUCAUAGAAUCAACACUUAUAAUGGAGAUAUUGGGGCGAAGGAUCGGAAUACUCUGCUUUUUUUCAUGGGAAACCGAUAUCGUAAGGACGGAGGUAAAAUUCGUGAUUUACUUUUCCAAAUGCUUGAAAAGGAAGAUGAUGUCAUAAUAAAACAUGGAACGCAAUCUAGGGAGAAUAGACGUGCAGCUACACGUGGCAUGCAUACUUCAAAGUUCUGUUUGAAUCCUGCUGGUGAUACUCCAUCAGCUUGUCGACUUUUUGAUGCUAUUGUUAGCUUGUGCAUUCCUGUAAUAGUCAGUGAUAGCAUUGAAUUACCUUUUGAAGAUGUCAUAGACUAUACAAAGAUUGCAGUCUUUGUGGGUACAGCAGCUUCUCUAAGGCCAGGAUAUUUAGUUAAAAUGCUAAGAGAUGUAACCACAGAGAGGAUUCUGGAAUAUCAGAAAGAGCUGAGAGAGGAAUGCUGGUAGAUUCCUCAAUUGCUAGUGGAGAGACAUACCAGAGACCAAGCCAAUUGGCGAGGAUUUCGAGGCGGCUGACAGUGUCAAGGGAUUGAUACUUUGGUGGGAGAUGAGGAGGAGGUCUAAAGGGUUGGUAUAGUUGUUGAUUUGAUGGAGAUGGUGGAGGGGAAGGGAUUAGAGUGGCGGAUAUGGGAUUUUAGAUGGGUUUUGGGUGAGGAUGAGUAGAAAAUAAAGAGAGGAGGACUGAGACUAAGAAAAUGGCUUAUUUUUUGAAUUGGAAAAGAAAAUGGCUUAUUUUUUGAAUUGGAAAGAGAUAAAGGCACAUUGGUGUUUAUAUUUAUGGAGAACAUGGCGUCAAAGAGAGAAAAAGAAGAAGAAGAGAGGAGUUUUACGUGGCAUCUCAUUUGGCGCAUAAUCAGCAAUUAAGAAAUGAAAAGUCGGACCCAGUUGUCCCACAAGGAUUUCCAGCUGUCCAUGUAUACAAAUUUCACUCAAUUGUUAAAAAAUUAAAAGUUUAUUCACUAAAUUGUAAACUUUUUCCGUUCAUACAUCAAAAUAGAAAAUUGCGGAAAGUUCAUACACUUAAAUUGCAAUUAUCCCUUUAUAAA